AUGGCUAGCAUCAUUGAGGCCUCUGCUGCUUUGAGAAAGCGGAAAAAUCUGAAGAGAGGCAUUAACUUUACGUUAAUGGUCGUCGGAGAGUCAGGAAGUGGCAGAUCAACUUUCGUCAACACGCUGUGUGGCCAGCAAGUGGUGGACGUUUCAACAACGGUAAUGCUGCCAACAGAUGCGUCUACACAAAUAGAGCUGCAGCUUAGAGAAGAAACGGUGGAAUUGGAAGACGACGAAGGUGUCAAAAUUCAGCUGAACAUUAUAGAUACGCCCGGGUUUGGCGGAUCUUUAGACAAUUCUCAAAACUUCAAUGUAAUCUCGGACUACAUAAAACACCAGUACGACGAGAUUCUUCUUGAGGAAAGCCGUGUGAGAAGAAAUCCACGUUUCAAGGAUGGGAGGGUACAUUGCUGUCUAUAUUUGGUUAACCCUACGGGACACGGGCUCAAAGAAACAGACGUGGAGUUCAUGAGAACACUGGCUCCGCUUGUGAAUGUGAUCCCGGUGAUUAGCAAAGCAGACUCAUUGACACCUGCGGAACUAAAGCUCAACAAGAAGCUGAUUAUGGAAGACAUCGAUUAUUACCAUCUCCCCAUUUACAACUUCCCCUUCGAGGAAACAGAUAUUUCCGACGAGGACUACGAAAACAACAUGCAUCUGCGUUCUUUGAUGCCCUUCUCGGUGGUCGGAUCGAACGAGGUGUACGACCUGGGCGAUGGCACCCUUAUCCGCGGCCGUCAGUACCCAUGGGGCACGCUGGACGUGGAGGAUUCUACUAUUUCCGAUUUUGUUCACCUCAGGAAUACGCUAUUGAUUUCUCAUUUGCAUGACUUGAAGGACUACACCCAUGAGAUUCUAUACGAACGAUACAGAACUGAGGCACUUUCUGGCGAGCCAUCCGCUCCUAGUUCGCACGGAGCCCAUUUUGCCGCUAAUGAAAAUGGUGCCGGAUCCCCAGUGAUGUCUGGUAAGUCUUCAUUGCACGCUGCAGAACGCGAGUCGGCUAGCUCGUCAUUGAAACAGUCUGCUGCGGGCCAGGACACGUAUCUGGCGCGUGAAGAGCAGAUAAGACUAGAAGAAGAAAGACUCAAAGCGUUCGAGGAGCGCGUUCAGCAGGAACUGCUUUUGAAAAGACAGGAGCUUCUACAAAGGGAGCAAGAGCUAAGAGACAUAGAGGAAAGGAUUGAAAGAGAGGCAAAACAGAGAGCUGAGUCUGAAAGUCUUCAAUGA